GAUGGCUUCCUUCACUCCUCUUUCAAACCAUCUGUCUUCUAAGGCUAAAAUAUGUACAUUGUUAUCCCCAAAAGAAUGUCCCUUGUCCUUCAGAUGUAGGUGGACUGCUGAGUCCUGACCUGAACUUCCUGGGCUGUACUUCCACAGUGGUGGAAUGAGAUCCUUCUCUCCAUCGGAACUGCCGAAUCCCUCAGGAUUCAAUACUAGUGACAAAACCCAUCUAUUUCCAAUGUCUAUGAGCAGCUACUUCAAUGAUGCGUGAGAGACAAACAGCCUUUUCUUUGAUAAUACUUUACUUUGAUAUGGAAAACUCUGUUUUUGUCCGUACUUUUAUAUGCGCAGAAAAUGUUAGUCGUUUCGGGGAAACUCAGCCGAGAAAAUGCCUAAAACAUCUCUGUUCGUUGGAUGAAAGAGGUGUUGCAGAGGUUAAUGUUAACCACAAGGUGGCCGCGCGUGACAUGGUAAUUCCGGGUUUCAAAAUCAAUCUUGAAAGUAACCGAAACGCCUGUCAAAUUAUUAAUAAAUUCAUUAAUGCUAUAAUGACGUUAUAUAGAUAAGGAAUGUGUAGUCAGGUGAAUGAGCAAUUCGUUUUUAAUGAUUAAUUUACAAUCAGAGGACAUAAAGAUCCUGUGAACUAAUUAUUGGUGCUUAGAUAGGGGAAAAUCAAUCAGAACAGAGUCGAUGUAGCAAGUACACCACGACUCAGCGAGACACGUUUACACGUUUUCUGCAGUACCUGCAUUUUUUUCACUUUUUAAAGAGAAAACAUAGAAAAGGUAACUAAACUGAGUUUAGGAAGCAAAGCUGCUCUCAAUAAGAAUAAUAAUGAAGGCUGUGUAAGAUUUUCUUAAGUGAAAGGGUGAGAAUGGUUAGGAGUGACAAAUAUAUAUUUUAUAAGUUGCGCUAAUGGGCCUUCUUCAGAUGAAAAAUCCCGCAUAUGCCUACUUUCAAGGUUGUAUAAACUGUACGAAAAGUAGGUGUAAAACCUACAUGAAUAUUUGCAGUUUAAUUAAUAUUAAUUUCAUUUUAUGUUGUAUGCGAGAAUAAUUGGAAAUGACACGGACGAGAACACUGCUUAAAGUUCCUGCAUGGAAAAAAAAACUACGCUGGGCGUGGGAAAACACUUCUCACAGACGUUCUUCUGAUUUAUCAUAAUGUACAACCCAUCGAGCCCAGGGCAGUUCAGCUCCGCAGGUCACUAAUAAAUGUAUGAAUUCAGCGGCGAUCAGAUGUUCACAGCGACGCGCCGUGUCUCAGUAGAGCCGCGCGCCCCUCGCCGGGCCGCUCGCGCUCAUUGUUCCUCUGAGGCAUUAACCACAUUCCAAAGAGCCGCGCUCUCCCUUCAAGUGUCCCUCCGCGCAUUCCAACCGCACAAACUAGAGCCCGAGUUUUCUAUUUUGCAACAAACGCUCGCAGCUGGGGAAGCCGUUCACCUGAGCACCUCCUUUGCUCACCCUAGCACCAUGUCGGCGCUUUAAGUUUAAGCGUUUUGGAAGGCAAGGCGGAGGCUUUCGAACAAGAGCUGUGGGACCCGCGUGGGGAAAUUCCUCCGCGCAGCGCGCCAUUGACUGUGUGGACCUUUCAACUUGUGAGAAAGUGGGGCUGAGGAGGGACUGCGCCUCGGGAGAGCGCUGCCAUGGAGGCGCCGGGGAACUGACCCGUUGAGCUACUCAGCGACUGCAGCUUCCAAGGGUGUCCAUCGUUUUGGAGGAGAGGUCCGAGGAAGUAACAAUGCCUUUGUUCGGACCUGGAGGCGCCGUGCUGUGAUUUUUCUUCUCCCCGGUGAAAGUGCCCUUGCCUUGUGUCGCUCCGACAUGGAGCAGUUCGAGGAGGACGUGGCGAGCGGGCUGCUGCGGGACCUCUCCCUCUACGAGCCCUACAGGGACGGCAGCUACUCCCUGCGGCGGGAAGUGGUCGCUCAGCCCGGGCUCGACUUUUCCGAGCAGCGGAGCAAGCGGCUGAACGGGAGCGUGGUGGCCCCUCAGCAGGUGCCCGGCUUGGACACCCCUCCUGCGGGGAGCAAAGUUCAGAGAGGCACCACGAGCCGCGCGCCGGUCCCGUUGGAGCUGUGCCCGCCACACAGGGAGCCGCUGCUCAGCGAGGACGCGAACUGCACGCGCUCCGAAGUUGCACUGCCGUGUUACGGCGGCGCUUCCGAGCGCCACAGGAGGUUCUCGCUGGAGGGGCACCGCUACAGCGCGGGCAGCGCUUUCGACAAGCCGGGAUACGGCCGCUACAGCGCCCCGAGCCCGCGCUCGAGCGUGGCGUCCGGCAGCUCCUCGCAGGAGCACAGCAAGCAGCCGAGCCCGCGCUCGAGCGUCAGCAGCCCGCGGAGCAGCCUGGUGGUGCCAGGUCAGGAGCGCUUCGCCAGCCCGCGGAGCAGCCUGGCGCAGUGGGACGGCGGCGGCGGCGGCGGCGGCGUGGCGCUGAGCCCGCGGUCCAGCUACGCGAGCACGGCCAGCGACACCAGCAAGCACUCGAGCCCCAGGGCGAGCCUGAGCGGAUACGAGUGCGCCAGCAAGCCCAGCAGCAACCGCACCAGCGGCAUCAGCAUGGGCUACGACCAGCGGCACAUGAGCCCCCGCUCCAGCACGGCCAGCCCCCGCUCCAGCGUAUGCAGCCAGGAUGGCAGCGCCCGAGUCGGCGCGGUUCCCGCCUGCGUGCUCAGUCCGCGCUCAAGCAUCUCCAGCCACAGCUCGAGGAGCUCGCGCAGCUCCAGGGGCUCCAUGAGCGCGUACCCGGACCUGCAGCUCCCUUCGCCCAGGUCGUCUAUGUUGGGAGCUGGGCUGCCGGAAGAUGCGGCCGCGCAGGACUUCGGGGACUCCGCCUGUGUGUACGGCAGAGCUCAAGUGCAGCCGGUGCCCGCGGCGCAGGAACCGCAGCCGUACCCCCACCCCCAGGGCGCGCUCAGCCAGGACGGGGCCCCUUUCACCUACGGGAGCCCCGCGAAGAGUUCGCUUCCGGCGCACAAGUUGAAGCUGCCCUGCCAGGUGACACCGUGCCGGGAGAGCGGUCCGAGCCAGGUGGAGAGGAGGCUGGAGGCGCUCACGCUAGAGCUGGAGAAGGAGCUGGAAUUGCACAUGAAGAAGGAGUACUUCGGUAUCUGCAUAAAGUGUGGGAAGGGUGUGUAUGGAGCCAGCCAGGCCUGCCAAGCAAUGGGGAACCUGUACCACACAAAUUGCUUCACCUGCUGUUCCUGUGGGAGACGGCUCAGAGGAAAGGCUUUCUACAAUGUCAGCGGCAAAGUCUACUGUGAAGAGGAUUUCUUGUACUCAGGUUUCCAGCAAACAGCGGAUAAGUGCUUUGUCUGUGGCCACCUCAUCAUGGAAAUGAUUCUGCAGGCGCUGGGGAAGUCUUAUCACCCUGGUUGCUUCCGCUGUAUAGUCUGCAAUGAGGGUCUGGAUGGUGUGCCCUUCACUGUGGAUGUGGAGAACAACAUCUACUGUGUGAAAGACUACCACACGGUUUUUGCUCCCAAAUGUGCCUCCUGCAAUCAGCCCAUUCUUCCUGCCCAGGGCUCAGAAGAGACCAUCCGUGUGGUGUCUAUGGACAAGGAUUACCAUGUGGAAUGCUAUCACUGUGAGGACUGUGGUCUCCAGCUGAAUGAUGAGGAAGGCCACCGCUGUUACCCCCUGGAGGACCACCUGCUCUGCCAUAGCUGCCACCUAUGCCGGUUGAAGGCACCAGGACCCCCGCCUCCUAGCUACCCUGUACAUGUCACUGAAUUGUGAGGGGUUGCGACGCUGGGACUGGGUACCUCUCUAGGUGGAGGUGGGAAACAGGAAGGCCAUGUUCUCGAGGCAGCAAGAGGGAACUGGUGUGUCACGGGCAAGCACAUCAUUCUUACUCAAGAGCUGUAAGGCCCAGAUACAGAUCCACGAGUGGUUCCACUGGGACUAGCGGUCUUUUGUGUUCUGGGAUGAAAACGAUGGCUUUGCCUUUCUUUCCUUCAAGGAUGACGGCGGCUCCUCCCCUGAGCUCUUUUUGUACGUCACCAGGACGGAGGAGAAUCUUUCUCCUUUGGUUCCUUACUUACUGAAGAUGUAUUCUGCGAUGCACCUGCUGCUUUCCCACGUACUCCACAGCAAAGAAGUCAUGCCAGCCCACUGUCGCAGACGAGCUGCUGCUGCUCAUCUGGAGCUUUGCACUUAGAGAGCUACCUUCCCCAGGGCCGUUCCCCGGGGCACACGGUAGCUCCACUGCCUCCCUGUUGGCUAUGCAAAGGAACUUUGCAUCAUUCUAACUGUGCAUCGUUGACCGUGUUGUGCAAUUAUACGCUCUUCCAGGGUGUUGGUUGUGGAAAAAGGAUGCUGACCUUUGCGGACGAUUAUUUUAAUGUGAUACGAACAUGAUUCACAAAUGGUCUUAAUUAUAGCAGGUCUUAGAUGUACAUAGGCUUGUACAGAUUUCUUUUUAAAUGUAUUUUUCAGAAACAUUCAUAAGAACUGACUUUUUGUGUAAGGUGCUCGUUAUCCAGAGGCCAAAUAGGUUUUUGAGAAGCUGUGUAGAAAUCCAGACGCAGUCUUAAUGAGCUCAGUGUUGGUCCGUUACAGCGCUUCUCUCUAAAUGGAGAGUGCGGUUCACAGUUUGGUCGUUGUCUAUGUCCCAAAAGCGAGUUGAUGACCAUUAUUACUUGUUUGUUCUCACACUUUUUUUCAAAACCAUGAAGUGUAAAAUUCACCACGGUUUAUAGCUGUAUUACCAUGAAGUUAUUUCUAGGAAUGUCUAGGAAUAAUGGGUGGGUGGGAGAGCACUGUGGACUGCUAUGGGUUGUUUUGAAGGACUGUCUCACACCCUCCUUAGUAGCAUCUGAAGCAGAGGUUAACCACACAUUCUUCAUUCAGGUAUCCCAGAGCUUGAUUCCAGAAGAGCCUCGAUCCUUCAGUCAGGGGACAGGGGGAUGUGGGGUGGGUUGGGGAUGGGUAGGGUGCAGGGGUACUACUGCUGAACUACUACUGACUGAACAAAAUCAUCAGCCGAACAACUGAAAAAAUAUCCAAAGGCAAAAUGUGCCUUAUUUUUAAAAUAUGGAUUUUUUUUAACUCAAUUAUGUUGUCUUUGUUAUUGACAAGCUCUGAAAUGUAUGUAAAACCAGCGUUUGAAAAAAACUUGUGAAACAAUUGCGAAACCAGUUUUAUGUAUGUAUGCUUAACUGGAUGCUUAACACACGCAGUUCAGCCAGCGAGCGCAAACAGAAGCUCAGGUGCUUUUGGUGCUUUGCAGAGGCUGUGAUUAACAUCCAGAACUUACUGUUCUGUUACACUACUUUUUGUCCCUCACCACAGAAGCAAAGAGGUCACAAUGUUAUUUAAUUGAAUAUAAAAUUGUAUAGUUCCUUUCAAAUGAUGAAUGUUACCGACUUGUUGCUGUAAUGAGGAAAAUGAACAUAACAGAAUGCCUUUCUCUGUUUCAUUAUUAUUUGUGUAGGAUAUUUGACAUGUAAUUUACCUGUGCAGAGGCAAAGUAGUUUUAUCUCUGAUCAGAAUGCAAACACACUGGUGUUUUUCCUCCUGCAGUUUGUUCUUAAAGUGAAUGUGCGUCAGCCACGACUCUUCAGUGUUCAGUUCCCUAGACCGUUUGUUGGAACAAACGGAAUAUUUAGAUUUAUUUAUCUAAACAAAAUUCUAAAGUUAUUUAAUGAGUCAAGUCAAAACUGUCAUUUAACCUUAGAUGGUAUAACCUACUUUUUUGAAUAAAGUGGUUUUG